AUGAAAGUCCGAUUUGGGUACCAAGGUGAGUGGUACAAAUUGACUCUUCCGCAAGAUGCAACUGUUUAUGACAUGAAAGUGGCAGUUAAGGACCUGCUAAGUAUUGCAGAAGAGGACCAGCAAUUUCUCUGUGAUGGAGACCGCCUGGAAGAUCAUUUCAAAGUUGAAGAUUAUCAAAUGGAUAGUGAUAGCCCAAUGGUUCUCCAGAAGGUUAGGACUUACAGGGUAGUAUAUGGCUAUGAAGUUCGCUCAUGUAAAGUUUCUGACAGGGCAACUGUUCUGAACCUAAAAAGCGCGGUUGAGAAGCAAUUUGGUAUCCCAGUAGAGAACCAAGCGCUGGUUUACGGAAAAGAAAUGGCAGAUGAAAUAAAAAUGCAAACUUACAAUGUUGGUUACAAUCCUAUCAAUGUUUAUUGCAAGUUUGAGAUGCUGAUGUAUGGAAGAUAUCAGGAGUACAGCUUAACAGUCCAUGAGGCCAUGACAGUGAAAGAAGUGAAGCAGAAACUUGAGAUAAAAUAUGGCCUUGACAAGACAAAACUGAACUUCACAACAGAUAUCUCGGCUGAGUUCCUUGAUGAAGAUCAAUCUUUGGAGUAUCAUUCCAUUGAUACUAGUAGAAUAGUUUAUGUCUAUGGGGAAUAA